GCUUUAAGUGUUCACCACUCAAUAUCACGUGUGACGUACAUUGUAGUUUAUUCUUAGUACUACAAUCUUUCAAAAAUUCCUAAGUAAUCAAUCAAAAUCAAAUUUUAUGAAUGAAAUCAUCAGCAUCAGACGACAAAUUGAAAGCAGUUAACAACAGCAACUUCUAAUGCAGCAGAACUAAGCAUUACCAUUUACUUUGGGUACGGUUAACAAUGGAGCAGACGACAGUUUUAAGUAGUUGGGAUAACUCAACAUCGAACGAGGAAAUAUCCACACGAACACUUCAUCAGGUAGGGGCCACAUUGAUUGCGACUUUGGGUUUUAUUGCCAAUACGCUCAUCUUGAUUGCCAUUUUGAAGGCGAAACUCUAUCGACAAAAUGUGAUAUUGUUUGUUCUCAAUUUGGUGAUAAACAACGCCUUGGUUUGUGUGACAAGUCUGCCGUAUAUCGCCGUCAUGGCGUUCAGCUAUUCUGGAGAGGUGAACCUGGCGCUAUGUCAAUUCAUGGGAUAUAUUACGUAUUCGAUCACGGCUUCUGAAUUAUUGGGACUCAAUCUUGUCGCUAUCAACCGAUAUUUCCUAAUCGUCCGGUACAGCACAUAUUUAGAGAUAUAUAACAAGAAGAAAAACAUCGCGAUCAUGAUAGCUGUCUCCUGGUUUGUGUACCCGAUACUGAUGGUGUUUCCUGCGACAAAUGUUUGGGGAAGUCUGUCAUAUGAUCGCUACAGGUUUUUCUGCCAUCCAUUCAAAGCCAAUGACAGCUUUGGGAAAUUUUUCGUCGGAUUUGCGUUGCUCACCACUGUUCCGUUGAUAAUCUUUGGAUAUAUAAGCAUUCUACCAAAAGUGUUUAAAACCAACCAACAGGUGAAUCAAACCCGGAGCAGAUCUGUGAUCACUAAAAGUACAGCCGACAGGCCUCGGAAACGGGAUGUUCGUCUGGUGUCCCUGGUUAUUGUACUGUUAAGUACAUUCUGUUUUAUGUAUUUACCAUUCGCCAUCAUGUCUAUCAUUGACCCCAACACGUCACUGUAUGACCCUAAAAUACAUAUCGGAUUUCUGUACGUUGCCUGGGCACAUUGUCUCGUGAACCCGUUAUUGUAUGCUGUCAUGAACCGUCAGAUCCGGCGGGCCACCAAAGACCUUUUCUUGGUACCAGGAGGCAAGGAUGCCGUGUCCGGGAUCACUAUGGUUAACCAUUCUAGAACGGACUUAGCUUCCAAUGAUACGGGCGUGUCGACGAGGAUAUGACAAAAGGCACACUGUUAGCUAUUUAAUUGGUUUCGUGUAUAAAAAAAACGACCAAUCACUACGUAGGCUGGUUACUGGACCUCGAAGACGACUGGCCCUCGGUGAUAACAGAGAAGCGACAUCCGAUUUCAAAGCCGGUCGGUUUUGCCGUUACUCUGCCGCGCGAUUCAUUUGAAGAACAUCAAAAAUGAAACUAGCCUACUUGUGUCACCGACGCUUACAAACCCUGGAAUUUCGAGGAUGAUUGGUCCCGAAUAUGAUCAAAGGAUACCUCUUCAAAAGAAACGUUUUGUUGUUGUUGUACAUUUCAUCUGUAUAUUUCGGAUAAGCGUAUGAUUGACAGUGUUCUGUAUGGGCUACAGUGUAAAUAAAUUCAGCUAUAAUUGGAUCGGUGUUCGUCCCCAAUAUUUGUCGACCUACAUAUCGGCAGAUGUACUAGUACCGUUAAUAUGUAUAUAUAUAUAUUAAUACGUUUCACAUUGGUACGUUGAAUUUAGUUUCCUUAUCUUAACGCUAAAUUUCAAAAUCUUCAUGGAUGAUGUCGAGGACUUUUUAUAUAUGGCUGAAACGAUCAAACUUUCUAAACAUAAACCCUUUCGGAAUGAGUUAAAUGUUUAAGGCAAUGUCGUACAGAUUCUAAAAUCGAAAAAGAUGAUGACUAUUUAAAAUCAGUAUACUUUUUUUUGUCAUAUUAUGAUUAUAUGCAAACUCUCCUAGUAUAUCCCACCUAUUAAUGUAUUUGUAUGAGAAUGUAUAUAAAACAAAUCUUCAUCAGUUCAUUUGUGUUUGCUUUGGUAAAAGCUGUUAUAUUGCGAUAUUGUAAACUAGGUUAAUGCCGUAAUUAUUCUACUCUCCGUUAGACUUCGCUUCGAAAUUACUUAACUAUCAAAGAGCGCAGUAUUGCGGAGUGAAAUAUAAUAAGGUAGGUAAUUCAGUCUAUAUGCUAGUGUGGCCAUAUAAGCUCCGAUAUGGCAUACAUCUCCAGCAAUCGGGAACCGUCGGCACUUUCCGUAAACGAGAAAAUUGUCCUCCUUUACAGAAAGUGCCGACGGAUCCCGAUAGACAUCUCAAGAUGUCGCUAUACCUGUAUAGUCUGUUUCUGUUUCCUGAUCAUUUGUUGGAAGUGGCUCAGGUUUAAGAAUAAAAAAUAUUGCAUUUGAUAUAUUUUUGUGUGUUAUAUAUGACGCAUGUUUUAAAAAUUUACAAUUCUUCAGGAGAAAGUGUUGGGAAGUUGAGGAAACAUUUGCCUAAUCCAUUUAUUUUAUGAUAUGCAAGAAAAUAAUCAAUAUACAUGUAAAUCCAAAAUAAAGGAAGCACACAUUUCAAAUUAAGUUUGUCGACGCAGAAAGCGAAAAAUACAAUAAAAAACAUAUUGCAACAAAUGAACAUUGGGAAGACGGGUGACGCAGAUACAUUAUCGCCUUUCACCAAGGCGGCCGGGGUUCGAUUCCCCGAUGGAACGUAAAAGUGCAUGAGGUCACCUGCCCGACCACGUGGGAUUUCUCCGGAUAUUCCGAUUUCUUCUA